GGUUGGGAUCACGCAGGAGUGGCAUCAUCCCAGUGUAGAGAGGUCUACCCCGAUCUUCACUCUCUCACUCCCCCUCCCAUCCUCAUUCUGUAUCUCUCCCUGAUCCCACAGUGUAGUAAAGCGAAUAGGCAGCUAAACAAACAGCGGGAUCUUUUCAGAGAAGACACUGACAGAGCUCAGAGCUCAUCGUUUCCCAGCCCCUGUUCCCUGGGACAAGUGGAUUUCAACCAAGGCUUAAAUACUGCAGCAUCAGGACCGCUUAAACUUGACGUCUGCAGCCAGACCUGGUACGGCGAUCACACCUGAUCUGCUGCAUAAGAGGAAGACACUGCCACAAUCUCAUUUAACAGAAGAUAAACUGUGUAGCAGAGAAAGCAGAUUCAUCAGAGAAGACUCCAGCAGCUGUCCUUCAAUUCAAGAUCAGUUUGAAAAUGUAUCAAGCACUAACUCAGCUAUACCGGAUAUGAGCAAAUAUGGGGACUCUGUUAGAAACCAUGACAAGCCAACAGCUUUGACAGCCCAAAAGGAGAUCCCUUUUUUGCAUAUGUGAAAGAUAUUUUCUGUACUCUCAAUAACAAACUUAUAGAAGAAUUCAACCUUUUUUACCUUUAUUUUAAAACACCCCUUCCUCUCCACUCCAAUCAUGAAGAGUUUGUUGACUGCCCUCUCUCCUUCCUGUACCACUCUCCUCUUCCUUCCCUUUUUCCUUCUCUUAUGCCCACCAGAAUUGGUCAGAGGUGACUGCUGGCUGAUCGAGGGGGAUAAAGGUUAUGUGUGGUUGGCCAUCUGCAGCCAGAACCAGCCACCAUACGAGACAAUCCCACAGCACAUCAACAAUACAGUACAUGACUUGCGACUUAAUGAGAACAAGAUCAAAGCUAUUUUUUUCACUUCCUUGAGUCGCUUUACCAACCUGACCGACCUCAACCUCACCAAGAAUGAGAUCUCGUACAUCGAAGAUGGUGCUUUUGCAAGCCAAGCAAAUUUACAGGUCUUGCAACUUGGAUAUAACAAGUUAACCAACCUGACAGAAGGCAUGUUGCGAGGUUUGGGACGUAUGCAAUGUCUUUUCUUGCAGCAUAAUCUCAUAGAAGUCAUUGCCACUAAUGCAUUCUGGGAGUGCCCCAGCCUCAGCAACCUGGAUCUGUCAUCGAACAAGCUUGCCCGGCUGGACCCAUCCACUUUCACUGUGUUGGGCAGGCUCAUGGGAUGUGAGCUUGCAGGAAACCCUUUCCACUGCGGAUGUGAGCUUUACAGUUUCCUCAGCUGGUUAGAGGCCUUCAACAAUGUCACACACACCUAUGAUCGACUUCAGUGCGAGACACCACGGGAGUUGUUUGGCUAUCCGUUGCUGAGUCCUGUUGCCGGGCAUGGACGGAGUGCUCGCAACAUCCUUUCCUCUGUGUGCCGGGAUGGGGUGCUGAUUCCUGGGAUGACAUCUCUGCCACCUGAUCCUGAUUCUUCAGGAGUGGGACCUGAAAUGUUUGAGCACAUUGGACCAUACCAUCAGCCCACAACUUCCUCCUCAUCUGACAAUGCAUUUAGUCCCAGCAUCAAACUGCAACAUGUGUCUCUUUCCUCUGCAUCCCUUCUGAUCCAGAUUCCAAAGCCAUACAGCAAAAUGUACAUCCUGGUGCAGUACAAUCAGAGCUUUGUGUCAGAUGUGAUGAACUUGAAGAAAAAAAAGGAAAUGAUCACCCUUAACAAGCUCAAAGCAAACACCAACUAUACCUUCUGUGUGGCAUCUAUACGCAACUCUCAGCGCUACAACCACACUUGUUUAUACUUUUCUACCCGAGCACCAAAUCCAGAUGACUUGAUGCCUCCACCCUCCACGACCACCCACUACAUCAUGACCAUUGUUGGCUGUCUCUUUGGAAUGCUCAUUGUCCUUGGGUUUGUCUAUUACUGCUUACGAAGACGUCGCAGAAAUGAAGAGAAAGAAAAAUCCAUCUGUGUGAAGAAAACCAUUCUGGAAAUGCGAUAUGGACCAGAGGUGGCAGCAGCAGUUGCAAAUGACCCCACAGCUGUCCAGAAACUGCACGAGCAGAGCCACCAUCAGCAUCACCAUGGCAAACUGCCCAUGUCCUCCUCGUCCAGCUCUGCCAUGCUUGGCCAUGGGUCUGCCAACACUAGUUCCUCACGUCUGUCCUCCAUCCCUCAAGUAGAGAAGAUGGCAACUGCUUUCUCUGAGGCCAUGGCCAGUAAGGGCAACUAUAUGGAUAUUAGGACUUCUGUUGGAGGAGAUGAAAGGGGUAGAGAUGGAGCUGUGAUGCAUGGUGUUCGGGAGGAAGACCUCAGGGGGGAUGAUGGAAGUGACUUGGGUGAUGAUUCAGAUGAUGAUGGCCGGGGAUCAGCAUCCGAGAUUUCAACCAUUGCGAUGGAAGUUGACAAGGUCAACCAGAUAAUUAACAACUGUAUUGAUGCCCUCAAGCUGGACUCUAUUGCAGCUUCUUCUGUUUCCAACACAGCAAGUGGUCCCACCUCACCCCCACCUACCUCUACCUCCUCCCUGACCAGAGGACUGAUUCCCAUCUCUUCUAGUAUCAAUGAUACAUGCCACGUCCUGCCUUCCCCAAAAAUCCCUCCCCCACCUCCUCUUCCCUUCUCUGCUCCUCUGUCUGAGAGGCCUGGGAUCACAGGUGGUGGCUUUGUGUCUCCACCAUAUCGUCCACCACCCCCAGCUACUGCAGUGAGGCCUAUUCAAAGACAGAUGAGCGCAGAUGCUGCUGUCAUCGUCUCCUCUUCCAAGAGGCACUGCCGCCCUUCCAGUGGGAAAGGGGGUCGUGUUUACAGCCUAGAUGUUCCGGAACCCCACAGCCCAGAUCCCUGCCAUUAUUCAGACAAGGGCAGCCCGUUGGGGUGUGGUGAGCCCCUGGAGAGGCUCCCUUUAGUAGGUAGUGGAGGAGGAGGUGGCUGUAGCAUUGACGGUGGUACUGUAGAUGGGAUGGGCCUUCAGCAACACCUGGAGGUGCACCCAGACUACCACUGUGCAGAGCAUCGUCAUUCAGUCCCUGCCUUAUACUACGAGGGCUCUCAUGACUCCCCGGCCCAAAGGGUCUCUUUUCUCAAGCCUCUGUCACGCACCAAGAGAGACGCUGCUUCCUACUCUCAGCUCUCUCCACGUCACCACAAUUACUCUGGCUACUCCUCUAGUCCAGAGUACUCCACCGAGAACACCUUGCGCAUCUGGGAGCGCUUCCGUCCCCACAGAAAGGGUCCACGUGAGGAGUCAUGUUACGUAACAGCUGGAAACGCCUUGCGCAAAAAGGUCCAGUUUGCCAAGGGGGAGGACUUGCAUGACAUCCUUGACUACUGGAAGGGUGUGUCAGCACAGCAAAAGCUGUAAUCUAUCGGACUGUGUGGAUACACAGCACAGGUCUCUUUUACUGCCUGAUAAACCAGAAGAGCAACUCUAGUGAGCAAGUUGGGUUAUGGCUGAAGUUUGCAAAACAGAGCCAAGUUUGUCAGGGUUUGAGGACAAGUUGUUUAAUUGUUUUUGUACAGUGAGCCAGAAAGAGUAAAAAGAGCCUGAGAAUACACUACAUACAUAAGAUAACAUUCAGAGAUAUCAUUUGGAGCAUUGUUAUUCUCAAUGAAAAAGGUCCAGUGGGCUUAUCAUUUGUCAAUAAUUGAAAUAAUCUGUGUAUUCAUUGUUCAUAUCAAUAGUGCAAACUUAACUAGAGUCCUGAUUAAGCCUGAGAGACAAUCUCUGUUUGUACUCUCAACUCAUCAAAUCAUUGGUCAUCGCAUUAAUUUGUUAGGUGUGAAUGUGUGUUUUAGAAGGAUAAAAUGGAUGUGCUGAUUUUCUUCUAACCUCUCAAAAGCAGUUUCCCUCUUCCAUAUUACAGAGACUGUGCACAGGGCAACCACAUUUACAUUUCAAUAGCACUCCUCAUGUGAAAAAUAAAGGAAUAGAGGAAAGAAAAAGAUAAAAAUGAAACAGAAGAAUCUCCCGGGGGAACCUUGGAAUAGUCAGCCGUGUUUGACAGCUGCUGAGCUGUACUGCUGUGCUGAGCAGGAUGGCAUAAAUAGUGCAAGGGUUUCUAGAGAAAAUAGAUUUACCUGGGUUUGUGGGAAAUGCAUAGAUCUGUGUUAGAGAUUAAAGAGACAUAGUUCUGUACAUCUCUCAUCUCUGAUGCAUUAUUAAUAGCAUUUUCUUAUCAGAGGUUACCUUGUCACUUGUAUCAAAGCAAGAGCAUAAAGUGUCUGUUGGCAGCAGAUGUUUAUGUAUUCUGUUCUUCUACCCUGAGGUCAAUUUGUUUAGUCCAUUAAUUGGCUUUUGGAAGCCUGUUGCUGACAGCUGACUCAUUCAACAGGCAAAGUGACCUAUACCCUGGUAUGGCACUUUUAGACUGACACUUUAUAUGGCAUGUUUCUCCGGGCUCUUUUUUGUUUAUUUGUUCAUUUG